CGCUCCGUCUGCGACUACUUCUUCGAGGCGCAGGAGCGCGCGUCCGAGGCGGAGAACGUGCCGCCCGUCAUCCCCACGCCGCACCACUACCUGCUCAGCGUCUACCGCCACCGCAUCUUCUUCGUGGCCGUCAUCCAGAGCGAGGUGCCGCCGCUCUUCGUCAUCGAGUUCCUGCACCGCGUCGUCGACACCUUCCAGGAUUAUUUUGGCGUCUGCUCAGAGGUGGUGAUCAAAGACAAUGUGGUGGUGGUUUAUGAGGUCCUGGAGGAGAUGCUGGACAAUGGAUUCCCUCUGGCUACCGAGUCCAACAUCCUGAAGGAGUUGAUAAAGCCCCCCACCAUUCUGCGGACAGUUGUCAACACCAUCACAGGAAGCACCAAUGUGGGAGACCAGCUCCCUACAGGCCAGCUCUCAGUGGUGCCGUGGCGCCGGACUGGGGUGAAGUAUACCAACAACGAGGCGUAUUUUGAUGUGAUUGAGGAGAUAGAUGCCAUCAUCGACAAGUCGGGUUCCACAAUUACUGCCGAAAUCCAAGGGGUGAUUGAUGCUUGUGUCAAGCUGACAGGGAUGCCGGACCUCACUCUCUCCUUCAUGAACCCCCGAUUGCUGGAUGAUGUCAGCUUCCAUCCUUGCGUGCGUUUCAAACGCUGGGAGUCGGAACGGAUUCUAUCUUUCAUCCCACCUGAUGGGAAUUUCCGUCUGCUCUCCUACCAUGUCAGUGCUCAGAACUUGGUGGCCAUUCCUGUUUAUGUUAAACACAACAUCAGUUUCCGUGACAGUAGUUCUCUGGGACGCUUCGAGAUCACCGUAGGACCCAAACAGACAAUGGGGAAGACUGUAGAAGGGGUGAUAGUCACUAGCCAGAUGCCAAAAGGUGUCUUAAACAUGAGCCUCACUCCCUCUCAGGGAACGCACACUUUCGACCCAGUGACAAAGCUGCUGUCAUGGUAGGUAGGGGAAAUAAACCCCCAGAAGCUGCCGAGUUUGAAGGGGACCAUGAGCCUCCAAGCGGGGGCCUCCAAGCCUGACGAAAAUCCCACUAUCAACCUGCAGUUUAAAAUUCAGCAGCUGGCUAUCUCUGGGCUGAAGGUGAAUCGCCUGGAUAUGUAUGGGGAGAAGUACAAACCCUUCAAGGGCAUAAAAUAUAUGACAAAGGCUGGCAAGUUCCAAGUCCGAACAUAGAGGCAUCUGAGAGUGAGGGAAGAACCACAAGCAUUCUUUUUUUUUUUUUUCUCCUUUUCACUCCUUCCCCCAUGUUCACAGCUGUUGGCUUCUUCCUUUACCCAUUGUCACCCCUGCUGGGCCCAUGUCUUAGGCUUGGGUUCCCCUGGAACGCUAGUGCUGAUGUGGUCAGGGAGGUGGCCAUGUAGAGGGGAAAGGGGCCAAUCAGGUAGCAUCUGUCGUAGCAGAGUCCUGAAUUCUCAGAUGGGGCAGAGGAGAAAUGAAAUGUCAGGUCCAUGGGAUUGGUACUUCAGAUAAGUAGGCUCCACUCCUGGCACCUCGCCCUGCUCCCCAGUGGAACCACUGGUGCCAACUCCCCCCCCACCCCCCCCACCCCACCCCACACACACCAUAGAGUCUGUGCUCAGCUGGCUGGUGUCUUUCCACAGGUGGCACAAGACUUGGUUUGAAAGAGCUGAGUUCCCAGUU